ACCCCGACAAUGAGUCACGUCACAACUGCAUCAAUGAGGCACGUCACAAACGCAUCAGUGAGGCACGUCACAAACGCAUCGACAGAACGAGCGACUUCCACUCCCAAGCCAGAGGCGAAUCGGCUCGUUGGCUUGUGGCCAAUAGCAGGAGCCGUCGGAUUGGUAGGCGUGGUGACAAUCCUCGCCUUGCUGGGUCUGGCCGCCCCUGACACCCCGAUGUGGCUGAAGACAACCGUCUCGAACUGCAGCAGCCCCGCCGGUGGACACACCACCGCCAGCAAGUCUCUUGUGCCGACCCCCACCCGCGCAAAGCCCGCGCACAAGGACGUCGGACUCGCACGCGUCCUCGCGAACAUCAGCAGGGACUACCUACGUCGUACGCUCAGAUUUUUAUCGGGGAGGCCCCACCUGUCUGGUACAAAGCGCAGCGAGGAAACAAUCGCUGACUUCAUCGCCGGCGAGUUUCGCAAGCACGGACUGGACAUAGUCGAAAAAGUGCCCUAUCGAGUUCUGCACCAGUACCCGGACCCAAAUAACCCGAACAAGGUGCAACUGGUGGACGCCAAGGGAAAAGUGCUCGAAGAGGCAAAAUUGAGCGAAGACCCUGUUCCGGGGGACAACCUCGACGGUGUAGUGCCUGGGUACCUCUCGUAUGCAUGUCCGGGUACAGCUGAGGCGGACGUGGUGUACGUUGGCUCUGGCACGUACCGAGACGUGGACAUGCUGGAAGCCAACGGAAUAUUCGUUAGAGGGCGCAUCUGCCUGGCACGAUAUGGUGGAGGGCACCGUGGUGGAAAGGUCACCGUGUGCCAAGAACGUGGCGGUGUCGGAACCAUCAUCUUUCUGGAACCCACCUUGCCGAAUGUGAAGGAGUUCUACCCAAACUCGACUAUCGUGGAUGGCUCGGCACUGCAACGAGGGGCUCUGUUCACGUUUGCCGAUCCCGAGACUCCGGGCUACCCGUCAGUCGAUGGAGUUUACCGCAACACUAAUAGCAGUGAACUGCCCAAGAUCCCGGCCCUCACGGUCAACUAUAACUUCGCUAAGAAAGUGCUCGACCAGAUGGAGGGCAAAGUGGUCAACCUCAGUGGCGGUGCUCGUCCAACUGGUCCCAUCAAAGACGGCAGGAAGCUGCGGCUCAUGGUGAACAGCAAGUGGGUGAGGCCCAUCGUCUACGAUAUCAUCGGUACCAUCAGAGGCCGCCUGGAACCUGACCGGUACAGUAUUACGGGAGCCCACCAUGAUGCCUGGGUAUACGGCACCAUCGACCCGUCAUCGUCGACCGCCAACAUCCUCGAGCUUAGUCGAUUGUUGGGCCAGCAUUUGAAGCGUGGCUGGCGACCACGGCGCACGGUGGUGUUAGCCAUCUGGGCCGCGGAAGAGAUCGCCAUAGCGGGAUCUGGCGAGUGGGUUGAGGAGAAGCUGCUACUUCUCAACCGCGGAGGCGUGGGCUACAUCAACGUAGACAACUGUGUCUCCGGGAUCAUGUUUUUCGCCUACGCCUCGCCUGUGCUGAAGAACUUCCUCGUGGAUACAACCAAACACGUGCCAUUCAACGGCACCCAGACUCUGUACGACUACUGGUACAACUAUGAGCACGAGUACGAGCGCAAGCACAAGGACGCCACGGGAAAGACUAAACUCAAGGUGUACCUGACCCACGGAGGGAUGGACAACUCGGCCUUCAAUUUCAUUGCCGGGAUUCCUUCGGCUAUCUUCACCUUCCGGCCCGACAAGAAUAAAUUCAAGCUGGGCUCUUACUCUGCCUACCACACGGCGUUCGAGACGAUUCGUCUGUUUGAGACCCUGAUCGAUCCGACCUACCACUUUAUGGAGACGUGCACUCGCUUCAACGGGAUGCUGACGCUGAUACUGGCCGAUGCGGAGCUCCUGCCCUACGACUUCCGCACCGUCGCUCAGGAGAUCUCGAACAGCGUCGCCAAGCUGUCCUUGUACCGCGAGCAGCUUGAUACUUAUGAGGCACCCAUGGACUGGCUGCUUGAGGAGGUGGCUCUGUACGGCAAGGCAGCCCAGAGUUGGCACGACUGGCUGGCAAAAGCGAAGCUAGGGGAGGACGAUCGGCGGCGAGUCAACGACCGCAUGAUGCUGGUAGAACGCGCCCUGCUGAGCCAGGCAUCCCUGGAGGGGCGGCCGACCUUUCGGCACCUGAUCUUCUCGCCCCAGCUGUCCAAUGCGUACGCGGGCACAGGCUUUCCCAUGGUGCAUGACCUUGCGUACCGGGCUGGACGACUGCCCGUUGAAAAGCAGGGGCCCAUCUGGCGCCGCGUGCGGGACUUCCUCAACCAGGCCUGCAUCGCCGUGCGGAAUGCUCGGAUCCUGCUCGACCCCGACAUGGCAAUACCCGCUGGGACUCAUUUGAGCAAUACUCGUUUGAACGUAACGUAAACAGAGAGAAAGAGAAAGAAAAAGAACUCUUUCGGAUUGCGUUAAGGUCUGAACAAAGCGUACUUCUAUCCUUUGCGAUUGCGUUGGAAAUCUCCUGAGCAAAGCUUACUCCCAUCCUUUGGCUAAAGGUUAAAACCUUCUGAACAAAGUGUAGUUCUAUCCUUUCGGAUUGCGUUAAAAUCUUCCUUAACAAAGCGUACUUCCACCCUUUCAAAUGGCCCUUUUACAGUCGUGCUGUUGAGGAUGCUGCUAAUACAAUAGCCAUACAAGUGAAUGUUUAAAUCUUCAAAUGUUUAAUGGGGAGGGUAAGCUGGGUUGCAUUAGUGUAAAUAUGUUAAGUACAUACGUUGUUGAAGGUUGGAUGCCAACCACGGAGACUCGCACUAAGAUACAUUGUUUAUGCACUUGUACAAUAUGAAAAAAAUAAAAGCAAAUUUUAUGAGAGAAGGUUUUAGAAAACUCACUGGGUCCCAAUGCAUUCACCUAAGAUGACUUGAAGGCAAAAGCCACCCGGUACACCAUAAUUCAUUAUUUUUUGAAGUACCAACCACAAGUCUGUAA